AGCCUUGGCUUGGCUCAACCAGCAGUCUCACUGCGUUGCAUUUGCCGGGCUCGCCAUGGAAACUCCGGUGCGGCGGAGGCGCACUUGCAAGGGUCUCGGCUUCGAGUGUGAGGAGCCCGUCUCUCCCUCGCCGCGGGCGCUGAAGCGGCGGCUCUCGGAUCUCGAGAGCUUCACGCCCACCAAGGUGCGGAGGCCCGGUGUCAAGGAGGCGGCUCCAGAGAAGCUCAAGGAGGCCAAGGCCACCUCGGCGGAGGUGCUCCUGGAUCAGGUCUCGGCUGCAGAGACCUAUCCCUUGGUCUCCAGGGAGCGUGAGUGUGCCGUGCUCGACGGCUUCUUGCAAAGCUCAUUGGCGCAAGGCAAGGGAGGUUGCCUCUACCUGAGCGGCGGUCCGGGAACAGGGAAGACAUCCUCAGCCCGGGGAGCAGCAAGGGUUUGGCGUGCCGAGCACCCUGAAACACGGGUGCUUGAGAUCAACUGCAUGGAGAAUUUGCAGCCAAGUUCCAUCGCAGGACUGCUGCUUCGGCUCAUCGAGGCUGCUGACUCCGCCUCAGGCGCUUCCACCAAGCCAGCGGUCACCUCCAAAAGCCCGAUGCCAAGCUUAGUGAGCGCCGCGCUCAGCAGCCUCCGGCGCUUGGGGACUUCUGUGAUCCUGGUGGUGGACGAAGUGGACCAGCUGGUCCGAAAGCCCAGCCACUGCACUGGGGAGCAUUCCCUGGACCACCUGUGCAGCCUGCCCUUGCAGCAGGGCGCACCAGCCCUAGCCGUGGUGAUGAUCGCCAAUGCCGUGGAUCUUUUGAUCAGGGCGUGCCGGCAGCAGAAAGCUUGCCAGUCGGUGCUGUUUGAGCCUUACUCCGCAGAGCAGCUGCGCUCCAUCGUCAAGGCCCAAUUCCAGGCUGCCGGGGAGGAGGGCGAGAUGGCGGAGAAGGCCCUAGGCCGCUCCGGCAUCGAGCUAUCAGUGAGGAGAGUUGCCAAGCAUAGUGGCGACUGCCGUCACAUCGUCCGCCUGUGCGAGGACGGCUUUGCAGAAGCCAGCAGGCAAAAGGAGGCGGUGGUUAACGGAGAGGCUGUGAAGAAGAAGGUGCUCCAAUCAGACAACGACCCCUUGGCUGAAGUGAAGCAUUUCCCUUUGGGACAUCAGAUCUUGAUGGGCACUCUCUCCCAGUCAGAGCGUCAAGAUGUGCCAUUCCUGGACCUCUUCCAGCGCUAUCGGGCGAUCCUGACCAGGCUGAAGCAGCCCACAGCAUCCAAGCCUCAGGCCAAUGCAGCCCUAGCAGCAAUGGAGCAGCGAGGCUUGCUGCACCUGCGCAAGAAGCGUUCCAAGUGCCGCGGCAACUCGGAGCUGGUGGUGGAGCUGGUGGUAUCACGGAAGUCGCUGAGGGAAGAGCUGUGCAGAGCCGACCCGCUGCUGCGGCAGUGCUUUUCGGAGUAAGGCAUGCAACGUGUUUUUUGGGGUACAAAUUGUUUUUUGGGGUUUGGGGAUGCUUGGCGCCAAUGGGAUUAUAGGUGAACCCAUUGUGCGCUCUCGCUCGCGCUGUCGAACAGCGCUGCAAUGGAGUCUUAGAUUAGGGGUCUUGCUAGCUGGCCAACCCAGCUAGCGAACAAGCGGGGAGG